AUGGCCGGAAAGCACCACGGCAUUGAUGCCGAAGAGUCAAAAUUGGAGCGAGAACUCCAGCAAGACACAGAAAAUGCCGAACGUGAAAAUGAAACUCCGAAAGAACGCAAGCCUUUCUCUGAACUAGACUUGACACCAGGUACCGCGAAAGCCCUUGAAGCUAUGGGAUUCAAGACGAUGACAGAAGUGCAGGCACGCUGCAUCCCUCCGCUGCUGGCAGGCAAGGAUGUAUUGGGAGCUGCUCACACGGGUAGUGGCAAGACGCUGGCGUUCCUGAUUCCUGCUAUCGAAAUGCUGCAGCGCUUGAAGUUCAAGCCAAGGAACGGCACUGGUGCCAUUGUCAUCUCGCCAACGCGUGAGUUGGCACUGCAGAUUUUCGGUGUUGCAAAAGAGUUGAUGGCAAACCAAAGUCAGACCCUGGGCAUUAUUAUGGGUGGUGCCAACCGCAAAGCAGAGGCGGACAAACUUCAAAAGGGAGUCAACCUGAUUGUGGCGACGCCCGGCCGUCUCUUGGACCACUUACAGAACACCAAGGGGUUUGUUUUCAGUAACCUAAAGGCACUUAUCAUCGAUGAGGCGGAUCGUAUUUUGGAGAUUGGUUUCGAAGAUGAGAUGCGCCAGAUCUGCCAAAUUCUUCCCAAUGAAAACCGACAAUCGAUGCUGUUCUCCGCUACGCAAACGACCAAGGUGCAAGACCUUGCUCGUAUUUCAUUGCGCCCAGGUCCCUUGUACAUUAAUGUGCAUGAGCAGAUGUCGGCAUCGACUGUCUCCAAAUUGGAACAGGGCUAUGUGGUCUGUGAUAGCGACAAGCGAUUCUUGCUUCUGUUCACGUUCCUUAAACGCAAUGCAGGAAAGAAGAUUAUUGUGUUUAUGAGCAGCUGCAACAGUGUGAAGUACCAUGGCGAACUGCUUAAUUAUAUUGAUGUGCCUGUCCUUGACUUGCAUGGCAAACAAAAGCAGCAAAAGCGAAGCACGACCUUUUUCGAGUUCUGCAACGCCCCAAGUGGCAUCCUUUUGUGCACAGACGUAGCUGCACGUGGCCUUGAUAUCCCAGCUGUGGACUGGAUCAUUCAGUACGACCCACCGGAUGACCCUCGCGACUAUAUUCAUCGCGUAGGCCGUACAGCGCGUGGCGGCAAGGGUGGCCGCUCGCUUCUGUUUUUGCUCCCUAGUGAGUUGGGCUUCCUUCGUUUCCUGAAAGUGGCCAAAGUACCCUUGAACGAAUAUACCUUCCCUCCUAAUAAGAUCGCCAAUGUGCAAAAUCAAUUGGAAAAAUUGAUCGCCAAGAACUAUUACUUGCAUCAAUCGGCGAAGGAAGGAUACCGUUCGUAUAUUCAGGCCUACGGAUCGUACUCGCUGAAACGCAUUUACGAUAUCCACGCCUUGGACUUGGCCAAGGUGGCCAAGGCAUUUGGCUUUGCUGUACCGCCAAAAGUCAAUGUGACCAUCGGAACAGGCCUGAAGGCUAAGAAGGAGCGGCCAGAAGACGACGAUGAGGAUAAGGACGAUGACCAGCCGCAAGGUAAGCGCCAGCGUGUCGACCGUCGGUCGUAUGGCCAUCGCGAUGAGAAGGCCAGCAAGUUCCGCAGCGGACAUCGCUCCGGCAACACACAGUGGAGCCGCUAG